UCUCUCUCUUCCUCGUAUGCAUGGAAAUCUAAUAGGGAAAGGGACUUUUGCCAGCACUAUACAUUAAUUCAUGCUCGAUGGAAUGGCGGUUUCCAACUGACGGCGGUGAGAAUAAGACUUGCGAGCCAUUAGUAGGUGGUACUUGCUUACAUAACCUCAUCCAGACUGUUGAAAGAAAGGGACGAGCGAAAUUAAAGGCAGAUGUAUCGAAAUAGAUUAAC